AUGAAACAAAAAAUUAAUUAUGAAUUACUUGCAGAAUCAACCACAUCACUUAUAGAUGAUGAUCCAAAAAAUUGGUCUCCAAAAAAAAAAAGGAAUUUGUUAAUUUUAUUAUCUAUCACAAGUGUAAUAGGAUCUCUAGGAAACUCUUCGUUUUACCCGGCGAUAUUGAUUGUACGAGAAGAUCUAAGAACUACUGAGACGCUAGUGAACACUGCCGUCGCGUCAUAUCUGUAUGUUAACGGAAUUGCGCCACUAUUUUGGGCGUCAUAUUCUGAUUUACAAGGAACAAGAAGAAAAGUAUUGUUAUUUGAUGCAUUUUUAAUAAUACUGAUGAGUAUUGGAUGUGCAUUGUCAAAGAAUAUAUAUUGGUUAAUGAUAUUUCGUACACUUCAAUCCUUUUCUGCUUCAGCCAUUCAAUGUCUUUCGAUUGGAACGCUUAGUGAUAUAUACAACGCAACCGAAAGAGGAAAUGCGAUUGGAAUCUUUUAUCUUGGAUUUUUCAUUGGUCCAGUAAUUGGACCACCGAUAGGAGGAUUCCUAACCCAAUACAUCA